UUGUGCGUUACUUGUGACCCUGCUCCAUUUUCAGGACACAUUGAUUCGCCUAGGGAGGUGUGGACCACAGCGUCCGUAAUGACUCGUGGGGAGACGUGGAGUGAAUUCUGUUCAGUCGUAAGCACUAGAUUAUCGAUUGAGGCACUCCAACUCUUCAAAUCUCACCUAAAUGAUAAUCGUUAUGAUGACAAACCUGGUUGUGGUUUGGAGUUUUGGAAAUUAUAUUCAAAAGGAUGCGUCGCAAAUUUGAGACUUCAUUGUCUCCGUGUUAUUUCGUACAUGAUCACAAACCUGUUGGAAAUCUGUUCGCAGAAAAAAGUAUCGAUUCCAAAAGUCCAUUUGAACAUUUGUCUUUCAAAGAUGAGAAUCUUUCUGUGAACUCUUCCUUCACAGAACUAAGUGACCACUUCUCCCAUCUUGCGUAUGCUAAUGCGAGUGCUGUGGUAGCGGCCGCUCGGUCCAAAGCUGCGGCUGUCUCAGGGACUCGUAACACUUCACCUCGUGGCAAGAGCUGUGAUAUACCUUCAGACAAAACCUCAAAGAAUAUCUUUUCUAGAACUCGACACUCAAGGAGCGCUCCAAACAAGGAUGUAAACAGGCGGUCACCAGUUCAUCAAUCAGAAUCCCAUCACAAGCAACCAUGGUUGGUAGAACAACAAACAAAAAUAACUACAGAUUCUUCAUUAAACCCAAGUGUUUCAGAAAUCAAACCAAGUUGGCGCCUAAGUUCUCUGUGGCUCCGACGUAGUUUUACAAUUUCCUGGCGCCGCAGACCACCUAUUGGUCUAGAUGUAUCUGGAGGAAAAUCUGGAAAUGUGUAUCCUCGUGCUUCUGGUACUCCUGUUAGUAUAAACGCUGAACUAAUACGUGAAGGCUAUGUAAUGCAAUGGCUUGGUCCGCACUUUGAAUCACACCGGCCGCGUAUUGAGUGCGAAAAAUUUAUUUCCGAAGUUGCAGUGGAGAACAAAGGUACACAGUGGAUUCAAUGUCGUCUUUGUUUGUAUAGUACAAGUGCAGGUUUUAUCUUGGAAAUAUUUACUCCUCCUGAUGCUGAACAAUCGCGUUAUGGAUUGUGCUGCAGUCUAAUUUUGGAUGUCCGACUGGUUUAUCCUGACGAGCUUACAGAUCCCCGAAACAAUGUUCUACUUGUCAAAACAGAAUUUGGCGAUCAAAAGAUUUUUCAGUCUUCAACUGAAGAAGAUGCCAAGGAAUGGAUCACCGCUAUACGUAGCGGUUUACCACCAUUGCGUAGAAAUCCCAUUUCUCCCAGUCAUGUGAUAACUCCACUUCGACCUGAACGAUGUACGAACUGUGAUGCGAUUUUGGAUUCCAGUUCAAAGUCAGCUUCUGAUGUUCUGUCCUCUUUACCUUUGUCAUCAAAUAAAGCCAAUGAACUUUGCAAUACAUCUGAUAAUCACAAAGUUCAUGAUGCGUCAGUGGUAUUUAAUUCAACAAAUUUCAAGCCAUUAUCCACAGAUAACUCGACAGUCUCCACUCCUGUGUCAACAUUUGCACGCAUUUGUAGUCAUGUUAGUAGUGUACCGGACGUCUGGUCUGCCAGUUGUGCGGCAUCUUCCAAAACUGAUCGUCCUGUUCCUGCAAAUAAUAUUAAUCCAAGUCAGUCAGAUGGAUGCACUACCACAACAAACAACACAAUAUCUCAUGGAUCUGUUAAACCUAAUGCUAAUGUGGUUGUUUGCCCUACUCCAUCACGACCUACAAUUUUCACCUCUGGAUUCCGACAUGCAUCACCCACCUCUCAUCCAGCUCCAUUGCAUCCUGUCGGCAGACCAGAUAAAACCAACAGAUUUUGCAGCCUAACAAAUAGUACUUUCCCCGAACAAAUAAAGUCACCUGGUACGAAUCCAUCAAGGGUCGAUACUUUUCGAACUGGAGCAUUCUCUGUCCCUAAUCCGAACAAUAUGACACAUGUUUCUUCAAUGGUUACCGGUUUCGAAGAUGUGAUUGGUCAACAACUCUCUGUUUAUCCGUGGUAUCAUGGGACACUUUCACGAGUUCGAGCUGCAAGCUACGUCUUAGGUCAACUUUCGGAAUUUGAGCGUGGGACUACGCAACAGCAGUCGAGUUCUUCUGAAGUAACUCGGAUAAAUUCCGAAUCAGAACGUAGUACUGAUCUAUCUACUAUCCAACCUGCUUUGUCAACCACUGAUGGCGUAUUCCUUGUUCGUCAAAGUGAAACGAAACAGGGUGAAUUCGUUUUAACGUUUAGUUGCCACGGUAAACCUAAGCAUCUCAGGAUGACUCUGAGUCCAGAUGGCCAUUGCAGAGUUCAACACUUACCCUUUGAUUCUAUAGUAGAGAUGUUGGAGCAUUUUCGACAAGAACCUAUUCCUCUGGAGCAAACAUCUACAAAUUUAGGUGAUUGUUUAUCUUCUGAUGCCUUAGCUUCUUCUGCAACUACUCCUCCUACUCCUAUUACCUUAUCAGCCUAUGUUGUCAAUACUCAUUUAACAGGUAAUCAUGAGCGGUUGGUUAUCUGUCGGGGUUCUGUUCGUGCUAAUGUUAACACAGUUGGUCGAGCAGCUGCUGUGGCUGCAGCUACAGCGUCUGGUGGUAAAGCAGCCCAGAAUCAGUAUAUUGUUAUGUAA